GCGGGAGGCGCUGGCAGAGGCACAAAAUGCCGCGCUUGGAACGGAGAGCUGGAAAAGUGUUUUCUUGGACAGACUCCUCCUUGUCUCUCGUAGCAACACUGUUUAUUUCGAGACUUUGAAGUGUGCUGCAGAGCCCGGCAGCCGCCCCAGUGCUCUCCUCACACCCACCGACCUCCUCACCGGGCAGAGCAGACCCUGCGAUGGCUCCUCUGGGACCCCGCUCUGCCCCCCCAUGCUGGACGGGACUGCGUGUGACUCGCCAGGCUCCCCAGUGCCUGCCCUGAAGAAGCAGGGGAGACACCGGACCCAAGGCCAUGCCCGUGUGGAGUGAGGAGCAGCUGCGCACUCACCCCAUUGCUGCAGACGCCCUGCGGCCACUGUGCCUGCCUCGUGCUGCAGCCUCAGCUCGGCCAUGGAGAGCACAGAGGUGGAGUCAGACAUCCUGCGCCGUGUCCGCACGCUGCUGCGGGAGCUGGAUGGGCACCACCCCGCCUGCCAGUGCGACCGAGGGAUGCUGCGAUGGACCCUGCAUAAAAAAAUCGACCAGAAUCCCAGUAACAGUUCUGUCCUGGUCAGGAUCCUGGUGAAGGAGCUGGAAAGGGCGGAGCGAGGUGACUUCAGACAUUACAUCAUCCCUUUGCUGCACACGCUGAUGUACACCUUGAUAAAGGCUCCCUGCAUCUCCGACGAGCUCUGUGGCAGAGUGUAUGAUUUCUGUAAGAAGCUGCUCACCCUGCCCAAGCCUUUCUGCACCAUUGGUUUGGACUACGCCAUCAGGCUGAAGAUGGAAAGGACAGCACCGGGUAUGUUGUACCAAAGAAUGGUCAUUUCCGAGCAAAGUCUCAAAAGCGAUCCUUACCCUUAUCAGGAAAAGAUUUUCAUCUUUGCUGAUCCAGAGCUGCUCUCUGAAGCCAUCUGCAAUGCGCUGGUCACCGACAUGGAGGCAGCUCAGGUCUCCCAGAGCCCUCGGGCUUGCAUGUCCUACGUGAUCAUCCACGCCAUGCAGGCAGCCCUGGGCGAGGGCUGUGACAUCAGCAGCUUGAAGGCAAGCCUCCAGGAUAUGGCCACCAGUGAUGUCGAGCACUGGUUCCGGCAAGUGGUGGCAGCAGUUGAGUGUGCAGGAAAUGAGGCGAGCGCAGACCGCGGCCGGCACGCAGAGAGGCUGGAGAAGAUUUACCAUACUGUCCUCAGCUCCUUGCAAGCAGGUGAUGCUCCUGUGGAAGGGCUGCAGGGUACCCCUCUGCCCAACCCCAACAUCAGCUUUCACCUCUGGACAGAGGAUGACCAGCUCUGGAAGGAAUUGGUGCUGUUCAUCCGCCCGCUGUCUCAGAGCUGCGAGCCCGACUGCCUAAGCCAGGACCUGGACAACUUUGAGAUCCAGGACAUCAUUUCAGACUGCGAGUGCUGCGAGCAGACCCGCUUCUCCGUGCUCUCCACUGACAGUGGCAUUGAACGAGACCUGCCUGUGGCAGCUGAGGACUCCUAUGCCCCUUGCAGCGCUGAAAUGGAGCAAUCCCGACUCCACAGGAAGGGUGGCAUUAAAAAAAAACUUUCACCACUGGAAAGUGUCGCCUUCCUGCAGGCUGGCUGCAACGGUCCAGGGGCGAAGUCCCCGGCAAAGCUGCACAGGAGACCAGGCAUCCCCCCGGAGGCUGCAGGCCCGCUCCAGAGGCUGCACACUGCCCGCAUCGUGCUGCUGGGGGACGACCGGAUCCUGGGGCGCCUGGCCCAAGCCUACCACUCUUUGAGGAAACGAGAAACGCGUCGAGUUUUCCUGACUCCCAGGCUGAACCUGCAGUUCUACUACAUCCCGGUUGUGACGGAGCAGCCAAACACCUUGGCAGUUACAGACCAUGCUGCCACUGACCAAGAGGAGCUCUGCGAGGUGGCCGGGUACCUGGGCAGAGCCGACCCAUGGUACAAGAGCAACAUCAACACGCUGUGCCACAUGAUUCCCAAGCUGGCCACCAUGCCUUCCUCUCCCAGCAAACAUCUUGUGACUGACCUGUUCAUCACUGACGUGAUCGCUUACUACGUUCGCAUGGGCAUCCAGCCUGUCUGCUUCCAGGUCUACGCUGUGAAGAUCUUCUUCAAUGACCCGGCGCAGGAGCCAGCCGAGGAUGUGUUCCUCACGGAGAUGCGCACCCAGGUGCAGGAGAGCAUCUCCUACAGAGAGUUAAGCAUGACCAAGAAGAAAACGACCCUGGAUGGCCCUGGCAUAGAUCUCACAGUAACAUACAGAAAGGUUGUGGUGAGCAACCGGGCGAAGGACCUGGCUAUGCCCCUGCGCUCCACAGGUCUGGUGAUGAAAGCCAUCCCUGCCAAUGAGGCUGAAGACCUGAUGUGUCUGAAUGUGAACAUCACUGAAAUCAUUAGGAUCAACAACUUGUCAGGACGAUCAUUCUCAGCUGUGGCAAACAAGUUGAAAACACGCAAUAUCAAAAUCAGGAGCACAGAACAGAGGCCCUUCACAGUGUGUCUGGACAAGGACAGCAGAAGAGCCUACAGGAAUGUGAUCAGUGUGGAAGUGUCUCCUUGCCUAGAGCCCAGCUACUGCCUGCAAAAGACAAGGACAAUGAAAUUCAACCUGCAUGAAACAGAAGAUGUGGGGCUUGUGAAAUACAUGCCCAAGUCUCUGCUGUUGCCUAUCAACACAUUUGCAGGUGUCAUCCAAUGAAGAAAAGGAGAAAAAAGCUGGUGUGAGAGAUGUGACAUUGUGUCAUCACAGAGUAGCUGAAAAAAGAAAGCACACUAAAAGCCACCAACACUGAUUUUACAACAGUAGUGGUGUAAAAAGCUGCAACAGCAGAGAUGGGUAGGGCUCAGGGAGGACAGCUGUGCACUGCUGAAUGACAGCGAUGGCCACAGCUAACACCCCUGCCAAGGGGCAGAGGUUGUUGAAGAACUGAAUUUUAACGUUUUGCGCAAGUCAGGGAAAACCUUUGAGCUUCUUUGUUUCAGGAAAAUGGGAAAAUACAGCUGAGGUGAUGGUGCUUGCUGUGCUUGUGGAUCAUAGACCAGUUGCUACCAGUAACAUUUCUGAUGGUGAUGUCUCACAGCCCAGCAGGGGAUCGGGGCUGGUUGCGCAGGGUUCUGCACAGCAAACCAUUCUGGCACAGAGUGAUGUAUUUGGGCAAACCAGCAAUUAUUCGCCUGUCUGAUUUAGGAAACCUCACUGUAAGCCUGACCACAGCUGGGAGAGUGUGUGUGUUUAAUGCAGCUUCUGGGGAAGUCAGUGGAGAACCUGCUGUUGUUUCAAAGGGGCCACACAAAGCAACAAUGAGUGGUGGGAACCAGGGACUUGGGAAAUGUAGAUCAAUAUUUAGCAGUGGUGAACAGGCCUAGGCAGCACUGUGGGAUAUGCUCAGCUGUGAGUGGUAUAGAUCUGCUUGAAGGAGAAACCUUCACUGAGCAGACAAUGGAGGCUGCACAACAGCUCUGGGCUAUCUGAGCUGUACCUUGGAGUCCACCUGGGAUUUCACUGCAGCUUUGCUACACAACCUCUCUGCAUCUGGUCUGGAGCCUCACAAGCAGCAGUUGCGUUCCUCCAGUUGUACACCCCAGGGACAACCACCUACAACCCCAGCAGCAGUGGAGCUCCUCCACCAGGUCAGCCAGCAAUACCUCUGGACCCAGUCUGCCUCGCAGUCCUGGUUUGGUCUGUGCCUGCUGUGUGGGUAAGAGGUGUAGGAGAGCGGAGUGCUGCUCCUGGGACUGAUGGAUGGGCAGGAUGCCUGCAAGACUCCUCCGUUCCUUUCAUCUGCUGCUACCAUGAUGUGGAAGCCCUCCCCUGGUUUGCAGAUGGGCCAGGCUGAGCUCCUGCUUCCACCCAGGCUCAGACUAGCGUGGUGUUAAGAAUGAUCAUGUAGGAGGACCCUAUCUUCAUUCCAGUUUUUGGCUGACUGAAAUAAUGGAAAAAAGAGUGUGUAUUUAUUGACUUUCUGAAUGUGAUCUGUGGUUUCUGGAGUGUCUCCGGGGAGUCUCCCACAAAUUCAUGUUGGAGGGGAUUUGGGGGAAUUCCUUCUAUGACACUAGAGUUUUUUUCAUUCUCUUGGCUCCCAGAUAACUUGUUAGCUGGGCUGCCUUCACUCAGGGGUGCUUGCUUGGAUCAGCAGCCCAAAGAAAGUGUCCUUUAGCUUUGUGUGUGUGCGUAACAGCUACUCCCAGUCAUCUCUGGCUGUCACUGAUGGGGAGUCCCUGGAGCCAGCUCUAUGCUACAGGGUGGUGCUGACCCAACUGCAGAGGCACUGGCAAACCCCUGUGUUAGCCCCAGUGGCUGAGGACAAAUCUCCCCACUCUGUUCUGUUUGUGCUGGGUCUGCCCAGCCCUGGGGAGCUGCACCCUGGGAGGUCAUUUCUGUUUAACCACCCGCAGCUGGAACAAGGACUCCACCCCCAGGUAUCCCAGACUGGGGUACUGGAGAGGAGUUUCCCCUCUGCAGAACUGCUCGGAGUUUGUGGGUUGUCUUGGCUGGUUAGGCCCUGUGGAAAUCUUCCUUGCAUUUCUUGCCACGUGCACAAGGCUUUAGAGGUUCAACCCUCAGACUUCCAUGGUCCCUCUCUUUGCCAAGCACAGUGCUGCCGUGUUCCUGCUUCCUUUUCCCAAGAUAAAGGUUUGUUCACUCCCACCAUGGCAGUCUGAAACAACCGCUGAAAUACACUACUGGGGGCACAGCACCUCUAGAGCUGUCGGCAGGUGAUGGGUUACUGAGCAGUGUAAAAACGCCUCCAGGUCUCAAGAAAUAUUUAUUCCCAAACCAGCACCAACAAUUGAAAGAUCAUGUUGGGCAACAGCAACAUGACCAUUUCCUAAGGAAGCCACCUUGAAAUGCUGGCAGAUGUAGCCUCUCGCUCCCAGCUGAGCCAAGCACAGUCCCCAAGCCU